AUGUCUCCAAGCUACUGGUUUGACGUGAUUGUUACUUUCGUGUUACGGGUCAUAUUAGCCGUUUUGCUGCGCAUAUUGUAUUUUAUCAAAGGAGAGAAUGUGAAAGUCAACAAGGAAGUAACUUUGGAGAAGUCGAAUUCUAUAAAACCAGCUGCGGUGAAGACACCAAAAAAGCAACAAAAAACCAGAGCUAUCUCGGAAGCUAAAGACGAGUCUAAAACCGUGAACCUUGUCACCGGAACUCCUUCGGAGUUAAGGCCGGAGGAAAAUAAUGGAACAGCGGUUCCCAGUGAACCUUCUACCGAGGCUCUUUUAAAGGACGAACCAUCCAAGGAAGAGGAUGUAAAAACCAUCCCCCUCGACACCAAGCCACAAGAGAAGGAAGACAAGCAUAAUCAUAAUUUGGAAAUAGAUUGUCCUCCUUUCGAGAUGAAAACAACACAUGGGAUCGCGAAAGAAUCUAACAUGGUACCCAUUGAGUUUCACUGGAAGCAUGGUGGCAACAAGGUAUUCGUCACUGGCGAUUUUGAUGACUGGAAAGCUGAAAAGCAUGAGAUGCACUUGAAUCCCGGCACAAAUGAUUUUGUCGCCGUUGUUGAAAUCGAUCGCACUAAGCAACAUGAAUUCAAAUUUGUUGUUGAUGGUAACUGGCAGUGUAACUGGGAUUUCCCGACACGAGAUGAUGGAUGUGGAAAUGUAAAUAAUAUCCUUUAUCCAAAUCCGGUCGGCCCUCUGAGUCCCGAAUAUAAGGAUUAUGUUAUUGACCCCUUUUCUUCUCAAAUGACGGCCACUGCCUAUUGA